UAUAUAAUUGGAAAGAUUUCUAAUAGUGUUCAUUAUAUUGAUUUUAUGUAAUUCAUGUUUUAGGAAAUCUGUUGCCGCAGGUGAAAUUUCAUGUAAAUUUGUUUUUGGAAAAAGAUUGAUGUCAAUAGUAAAGCAGAAUCUGAAAGCGUUAGAGAUAAGAAGAUGGAUUGUAAAAUAUUCACUGAUUUAGUAAAAUUGUUAAGAAAUGCAUAAUAAAAAGAGAAGUGGCAGAAGACAACAACGAAUUGCUCAGGGAAGUUAUCAUCAACAACAGAUUGUCUCACAUCAACGAAGCGCAUAUAAUAGAAGAUGCCCAGUGAUCAUAUAAUGUCUCAAAUCGGGAAAUAAGACGUCUUAAAGACGUCACAAUCAUUAGACGUCUUGAAAACAUCUAAAUGACGUCUUUAAGACGUUAUAUUCCAAAUUUGAGACGUGCGUGUUGUCUGGGAAACUCGCUAACUGAGACUUAUAUGUGCGAUAUCUGUCAAAUAGUGUUCGAGCAAAAGAGCAAAAUAUUGCGCCAUAUCACGAGUAAACACAGCUUCUAUCAUCCCUUCAGUGCACAAUUUGCGGCAAGGCAAGUGCGAUUAUCGUGGCAAAACGAAGAACAAUUUAAAAGCACACUACAUCAAGUGGCACAUCGACGAGUACAAAUUUGUUUGCGAAUAGAUGGAAUGGGAUCUCAAGUUCCACCUCAGCACUUAUAACGGUUCUCAGCACAUGUACGAUACUAGCGGGAGAUUCUACACGAGUACACAAUCUACACAAUCACAGGAAAGUGGCAAAUUUAAACGAGUAUAAGUUUCACUGCGGCGGUGCAACAAGAAGGUUCUGACGCAGAAGAAUCUUGACAGCAAUGUGCACGAUUUGCAAGACUUACGAAUGUAGAGUAUGGGGCAAAGCGUUUAUCUCGAAAAGAUAUUUAAUCAAUCACAUAACGCAUACAAGCAUCGAACCGUACAUUUAUAGGAAGCAGUCAGAUGCGCACUUAUCGUCACCAUCUGUGCCUCUUGGAAAAAAAGUAGCUUUAACAAAAGUAAAUCAGGAUUCCAAGAAAACAUAUUUUAUAAGAUAUUAAAAUAACUUGUGAGAUGGCUGUUAUACAUAUACUACACAAUUAUAAGAUCUUUGUAGAAUCGUGAUACAAAAGAUCUAUGUGUGAAGAGAGCUGUUCUAUUUAACAUAAUUUAACAUUACUCGUUAAGAGUAAUGUGAUCUUUUAUGUGAUGAUCUAUGUACAUAUGUAUGUUUCAAUUUUAAUCAUGUAAAGUUA